CAUCGUCGUCCAACAAUGCACCCGAGGGAGUCGAUUUUAGUCUUUUUGGGGGUGCAGAGACACUCCCUAAAGGAAGGAGCGCGCUCAGUAUGUUUCCCAGGCGGACUGUCAUACCGGAUAGCGGCGCCUCCACCGAUGCCUACGACGCUCGCUUGUCAGACCAAUCUGACUUCCUAUGGAUAAUGACGGAAGAACCUCACCGAUCAAGGAGAAUGGCCAUAAUGAAAGCGCAUCCCGAAGUGAGCAUUCAAUUGUCAUCCUGUUUCUCCUUGGAGAAUUGUUGGAAGGGCCAUUGUCGCUGCUGUGGGCGACGACACAUCCUAAGCGCUCUAAACUACACUCGCCCAUCAUAUUUAUGUUCAAGUUUCAGUAUUCAGCAUUGCGCUGAAGAUUUUGUUUUCAUUAUUCGAGAGCAUCGUCUCAGUGCAUCCGUCAGAAAAUUAAUGGGGCACGAACCAAUGACAAAAUACGUUGUAGCGUUUGUCGUUCUGCUUCAAAUCACGACUGCCUUUUUCCUUCGCCACAGAUCUCCGCUUUCAUUCCUCUUCGUGUUGACAUCAUAUAUCAUCGGCGGGACAGCCAAUCACAACCUAUUUCUUGCCAUUCACGAGAUCACACAUAAUUUGGCGUUCAAAGGCAUAAAGGCGAACAAAGCUUUCGCCAUCUUUGCCAAUCUACCAAUUGGUAUUCCAUACUCCGUAACGUUCAAGGGAUAUCAUUUAGAGCAUCAUAAAUACCUCGGCGAAGAUGGCGUCGAUACCGAUUUGCCCACUCGCUUUGAACUUUUAUGUUUGAACAACGUUCUCGGAAAAGUGUUUUUCUGCACGUUCCAAAUCCUGUUCUACGCCCUCCGUCCGGGCCUCGUUCGCUCUCAGCGCCCCACACUCUGGCACUUCUUGAACAUCCUCGUCCAGGUCGCAUUUGACUGUGCCCUCAUCAUGCUCAUUCCGGGCGGCAAGCACAUGCUCGUGUAUUUCAUCAUGUCAAGCUUCUGGGCGGGCAGCCUGCAUCCACUCGCCGGUCACUUCAUCGCAGAACACUACGUCUGGGACGGGCUCGAGCAGGAGACGUAUUCCUACUAUGGCUGGCUGAACGUCUUUGCGUACAACGUGGGCUACCACAACGAGCAUCACGACUUCCCCUCAGUGCCCUGGACGCGCCUGCCGGCCCUCCGUGCCCUCGCGCCCGAAUUCUACGACGUGCUCCCUAGCCAUCCCUCGUGGCCGAUGAUCACCGUUAACUUUAUCAGGGACCCGAACGUUGGCAUCUGGGCUCGAGUCAAGCGGCCUUCCAAGGACGUGCGGCAGGCGGCGGCCCUGAAGAUCGAACUGGAUGGCGGUUGUGCAGAUGAGGAAGAGGUCGCGCCUGGUGAUGGUCACGACGCAAAGCGAAAGGAUUGAAGACAGGCCACUUCGUCAGACCUAUUCGGUCCCCAGUCGGCGGAAAUAUCACAUGUCCUUCGUUUUUUGAAACUCUAAAGCUCGAAACUUUCAGAGCUGUGAUCAAUUC